AAUUUCAGGACUGAAUUUAGUCUUUAAGGUAUAUUUCUCUAUUGAUAUUUUUUCUACAAAUGACUGAGUGAAUAUUUAACAAUUUACUUUUAUGAUUUCAUUAGAAGUCCUUAAAAUAACCUUAUCUUAAGCCCCUGUCAAGUCAGUGGACUUCUAACCUCCGUUCCUGCUUCCAAAGGCGAUGAACUGGUGUUUAACACCCCAAACAAACAUGUUGCCGAGUUACACAGAAGAAAGAGGAGUCGCGCUGCGCUUGUCAAAGUGAAAGAGCUCCAUGGGCGGUGUGUGUGAGCGUGUGUGUGUGAGCGUGUGUGUGUGAGCGUCUGUGUGUGAGAGUGUUUUCAGCAGCAGAGCUGAUUAGUGCGCGCACGGAGGACGAGAGGAAGAAGCCUGCAGUGUGCACUCAUGGAUUAAUAUCCAACUGAAGCAAUCACUAGGACAUCCAUGACAUACUUCAAGGACUUUUACAUAACGAGAACAUGUGAACUUCACGCAGCUGUCGUGGUUGGCCUACCAACAAUCUCGCUUUCGAUGAUUUUACUGACCCUCUUCCUCGCCUUCAUCGUGGGAUCUUGGAAUAAGCCAGCCAAGCCAAAAUCAAGGAGAACUGGAAGAUGUGCUUGUAACCCUUGGUGCUUUGAGAAUCACAUGGAAUGCCCGUUGAACUCAGAGGUUUGGAAUUCUAUCUUAAUUCUGAGCUGUCUAAGUGCUCUAUUGCCUGUGGCUGAAAGUCAUCGAGUGCAGGGACUGCGAGACCUCCAGAAAGCACUCGAAGACGAGCAGAUAAAGCUUUUAUUUGAACGUUCUGAUGCAAGUCUGUAUACACCAAAAACUGAUGACAUCGAGAAUUGCACAUAUAAGUUUUUUGACUGUUUUCUGAUGGAGAUGAACGUUAUCUUGCAUGAAGAGAAUGAAAAAAAUCACAGGUUAAUGAUAUACAAGACUUUAGAAGUGUACGAGAAAGAAAAUUUGAAAUGCAGAACAUGUGGAAAUGUACGUAUAUACAGUAUGUCACAAAAAAAUGUUCAGAGCGGCAUCUUUGUGAACUACAAGAGCUCACAGACUCCAGAACGUUUUGGAAAACGAUGAGAGAUUUCAUUCAGAAACAGCAAUUUCUUUGCAGAGGACAGUCUAAUACAACAUGCGAUUAAAAUCAUACUUUAUUUCCCUGAAAGCAUGUACAAUAAGCUCAUUUAUCUAUUAUCAUUUUAAAUUAUGCUAGUCUUUUUUUUGUUAUUAAUAUUUAUAUCACCUCAGUUUUAAAGUGUCACUUUAUUAAUGCUCUAAGAAUGAUAUAUUUUUGUAACAGAGGGGUUUCAUGAAUGAUUGUUUAACUGUGAAUGUCUUUUGUACAGAAUUUUAAGGUGAUAAACAGUUUAAUGUAAAAUAGGUUUUAUAUGUUGUUUUAUAUCCAAUGUAUUGUUACAUUAAAGCAUUUUUUUAUUAACAGAAAUAAUGUCAUUCAUGUUGAGGUGAAUUGGAUUAUGGCUUUUUUCAAAAGCUGAUUUUCAGACCAUCGCUGACCUAAUGAUCCCAUCCAAAGGAAACUUGACGCCUGUUAUCAUUCAAUUACUUUGAGGGAAUAAUGGCUUCUAUUGUUUCGAUUUGGCUGAGGAAGGAUUUCCUUUGGAAAUUCUUUGUGGUCCUGACCCUCAACACCACUGGCCCACAAGAGCUGCACAAGGGUUAGGAACUGUCACAAAUCACAAACGGAAUGUAUUUUUUAACAGGAAUGAAAACAAGGCUGUGAGGAACAGAAGUAGAGUGUGUUCAAUGGACUGUACUGUUGUUGAGCAACAAAUGUUAAGCUUACAGAAAAAAGAAAAAAAAACUUGCGGUUCACAUAAAACAGUUUAGACAAAUGCAUGAUCUAGGACUUUAAUAUAGUGCCUGCCAUUGCAAAGAAUUCUAUUCCUCACUUCUUUUUGAGUUGUUGUCUCUGAUUUUACAUCUUGCAAUUCCAUUUUUUUUUGCCAUGUAAGGUAAUUGUAACUUUGUACUGUAAGUAUAUUUUGAGAAUUGUAAGUUGCCAUCUUUUUUUUCUCAGAAUAUAUCGCUUAAUUAUACUUUUACAUUUGUUAAAUCAGAAAAAAGUCAAGUAUGUGAGAUCUGUACUCAAAGUUAUGAGAAAAAAGUCUGAAUUGUGCAAUAUGUAACAAUUUUGGCAUAAGGAAGUUUCUAUGCUCACCACCUUGUUUCAUGUGAGCUACAUUUAAUGUGGCAUCUAAUAAUUAAAAUAAUGACUUAAUGAUU